GGAGAGAUCAACUGGGACUGCCCGUGUCUAGGCGGCAUGGCGCAUGGACCUUGUGGAGAGCAGUUCCGAGCAGCAUUCAGCUGCUUCGUUUACUCGAAGGAGGAGCCGAAGGGUGUGGAGUGCAUUGAGCAUUUCAAGACGAUGCAGAACUGCUUCCGCGAACACCCGGAGAUCUAUGGUUCAGAGUUGGACGAUGACGAGGUCGCAGAG